AAAAAGCGUGAUCCGAGAUCAACACUGACGGCGUGACGGCAAAUGUCAAAUGACUUGGUGCGACUAAAAUAUUUGAUAUUUAUCACGUUUGCAGCGGUUGGAGCACGAUGUCCCGACUGGUCUUUAGCUUCCUAAUUUGCGUUUUCGUAACAGCUAGCUUCGUGGAUAUAUACGGAUAUAAUGACUAUGAUGUGCGGGAACAAAAUGUUAUGCAAAAAUUGCUGCGUAUAUUAGACAAUAAUGAAUAUAAGGAAAAACGUAGGAAUAUUGAAGACAAGUUUGAGAAUUGGAAUGGACGUUGGAUGCCUGACAGACCAGGUGACCCAAAACCACCACCUAAAAUAUUGCCAAUGAAUCAGCCGCAAUAUGAGUAUGAAUCUAUGAUAGAUUUUCCUCACGAGAUGUUUAUGGGUCAUGUGUCACCAGAAUGUGAUGAUGCUAAGACAAACUUAACUAUUGAUUGGGAUUAUAGCCCAUCAGCAUAUACGUGUUAUGGUCAUAAUAUCAUACCAAAUAAAAUUACACCAAAGAUUUAUUGUGAGAACAUCCCAAAGACAUAUAAGGCUGCUCAUAAAUGUAUGACCCACAGAAUUGAAUAUGAUGAUGAUAUUCCUCUUUAUGGCCCACAUAGACCUUUGUGGCCAGUUUAUGGAGAAUACAAAUACCUACCUAAACAGAGAUGGCUGCAUAGUCUUGAGCAUGGUGCAAUCGUCAUGUUGUAUCAUCCAUGCGCAAAUCCAUUAGAAGUAGAACGUCUGAGAAAUCUCGUUAGUAAAUGUCUUUGGCGACAUAUCAUUACACCAUACAGUUAUUUGGAUGAAGAACGACCCUUGGCACUUCUAUCCUGGGGAUGCAGAUUGACCAUGUCUUAUGUGAAUCCUACAGUGGUGAGUCGUUUUAUACAGAAAAGGGCUCUUCGUGGUCCGGAAAAGAUUGCUACAGAUGGUCAAUUCGAGGUCGGUCUGCUAAGUCGGUCGAACAUAGUAACGGAUGAAACUGAUUCCACACUUUGUCCUAAUACGUAAAUGAAUGUAUAUAAUGAAAUAGCGUAAUAUCUUCCUCAUUUACUUGCAAUUUACGUUUAUAUUUUGUACAUAUUAUUUAUUAAACACAUGUAAUUAUCGUUGAUUUUUUAUUAUGUGUAAUGUUUAGUGAGCGUAAUUUUAUUUGUGAUUUUAAAGUUACUCAAUAAUAAGUGAGUGUUUCCUACAUAUUGUGUAAAUUAAGCCUUACAAAAUAUAACAAUAAAUUGUAUGAGAGUACAAAAACAA